AUGCCAGGCCAGCCCUGCUCCGGUCUCACGGAUGAGUGGUGUGACACAGAUGAUGAUGAAGGAGACCAUUUGACCGACGGCCCUUGGAUACCCUUGGUCAACGAUCCUCAGAACAACCAUGCCGACGCACUAAGCCCUGACAUGCAACUAUUUGAAAUGGGCCUCUUCCCAGCUUCUUUCACUUCGCCGAAGACGGCAUUCACAUUUGUGGUGUUGGAUGACUUCCUGUUGGACAACCUGGAAUGCGGGACUUCCGCCAUGAACUACUACAGUAAAUUGAGGAGAGUUACUUCCAGCGUGUUUCCUCAUCUGGUUCCAGACCGAUACAGGGAAUUGAUGAGGGUGGGUAGGCAGUGGAAGCAAGUGAAACAGCUCAAGUGGCAUGGGUUCGGCCAUGAGAAGAGAAAGCCAAAGGCAGGGGAGCUCGCACUCUUCUGUCCUGCAUGUCCACAGCCCGGGGUGAAUGUCAAUUUGUCAGACAGGAACGGGUCCGACCCUGCAUGGUUGUAUUCAAGAUCUUUGGUCAUGGAUGGCAAUUUCAAGGCUGAACAUUUGUAUCCGGCCAAUCCGACCGAUGAGGUGGCAUUGACCGAUGGCUUGGGCUUCAUGGUCGGCGAUGCCCAAUACAAAAUGCAUCUCGCCGAGGCGCAGGACACGGUGCAGAGAUCAGAUUGCAACAACCACCGAGCGGUCAACCAGGCAAAUGCAUCACGCCACAAGCUCGAGGCAACAGGGAUAGGCUGGGUAAGGGGGAAAGCCAAAAGACAGAUGAACAUGGAUUAUGCGCUGUGCCAAGCUCUGGGGUACAACACCGAUGGGAUCGACCACAUCUCAACCUGGCGGAUUGAGGAGUCGCCCUAUCUUGACCUUCCAUGGGGCAUGGAGAUUGUUCCAGGCAUCGGGCUCUGGCAUGUCCACGGCCAUCAAGACAAAUGCUACGUACGGUACGCAUCCAACUUCAUCACCGGUGCAGCCAGGAUCGAUGGCGAAAUCAUGGAGACCCUUUGGGCGCCUUUGAACAUAAUAUCGCCGUCGGCGAGAGGGAUGUCCACCCCUCACCGAAAGGAGUGUUUGGACUUUCAAAUGAACGACUGUAAUUUUAUGAAGAUGAUACGCAUGAGCAAAUUCCUUUGCCGAAAAUUCAAGGAAGCUGUACAGGGAGUCCAAGACAGCCGAUAUGCAUUUGACCGGUUGACCGAGACCGCCGACAACGACACCCUUGCCAAAUGGGAAGCAGAGGCCGCUGCUGCUCAGGAUGACCGACUUCAUAAUCCCGGUGCCAUGGAUAUAUAUGAAAUUCAAUUGACCAAAGCACCGACAAGAAAACAGCAAGAGUUGCACCUGUUGAACCGCCAGGCGCAAUGGCCCGCCGGCGAGAUCCAUCGCGGUGCGGCAACAUGGCUGGCCUCUGGGAUCACGCUCGAGGAGGCACAAGUAGCCCUCCUGAUUGACGUGAAGAAACUGGGAAAGCGGCCGACCGACACCCAGAAGCUGGCCAUCAGCUCGGCGUCGCCACAAAUGGCAAGACCAACUUGA